AUGGAAAAAAUCGAAAAUGAAGAAGAAUUUGAGUACGACCAUUUACAAAUCGACAAUGAAUCAAUAACCGAGUCAUACAUUGCCACCGUUGCGAUGAUAAACACCAUCACGAAAGAUGGCGAAGAAGUAGUGUCGCUAAAUUCAACAAUGGCAUCUCGUCUCGAAAAUAGCGCACCAAAUAUCAAACUGCCACCAAUUUCCAUUCCGAAAUUCGCUGGAAACGAAUUAGAAUGGAUCACAUUUUUUGAUACAUUUUCUGCGUUAGUCGAUCAAAAUGCAAAUAUUCCGAAAAUUAGCAAAAUGCAUCAUCUACGUGAUAGUUUGCUCGGUGAGGCUGCUAAGCGCAUAAGCAAACUCCCAGCGUCAGAUGCAAAUUACGAUAUCGCUUGGAAUCUACUGAUAGAACAUUACCAUAAUAAGAGAUCGAUUGUGAAUGAAUGUUUGAAAUCUUUCAUUUUCCAGGAGCCCAUAAAACAUCAAAAUGCACACAGUAUCCGCAGCUUGAUCGACACAACCAAAGAAGCGAUGCAAAGCAUUGAAACUCUCGACGUGGACAUUGAGCAUUGGGAUCCAUUCAUUGUUUAUGUGUUGCAAACAAAAUUAGACAAAGACACUGCGAUUGAAUGGGAGAAAAAACUCGGCGGCUCAAAAGAAAUCCCUGAAUAUUCCGACAUGCUUGAUUUUCUUGAAACGCAAUACCGCAUUGUUAAAACUCCAACAACGAGUUCAAAUGUUCAGCAAUCCUCAACGCAAAAAAUCAAUGCAACAAGAGUGGAAAAUAAUGAAAAGAAAAAGGAUUUUUGUGAAGUGUGCAAAGGCCAGCAUUACAUACUAUUUUGCGACACGUUUAAAGGUUGGGACGUCACACAAAGAAAACAGUUUGUCAACGAGAAGAAACUUUGUGUUGUAUGCAUGAAAAAACACGAGGUUCAAUCCUGUAAAUCCAAAUUUCGCUGUAAAAUUUGCCAGGGGCUUCACAGCACCAAAUUACACGAAGAUACUACAUCCACAUCAUCAUCAGUGAAUUCUAUCAAUAUGCCGGACUUUUCAGCAAAUGUAUUUAGCAACGGCAAUAAACUAUUGGCAACAGCGAUAGUAAAAGUGCAGGACCGUCAUGGCAUAAAACAGUUGCUACGAGUUUUCAUUGAUCAAGGCUCUGAAGGAGCUAUCAUUUCAGAGCGUGCGGCUCAAUUGCUUUCAUUACCACGCAUUCAUGAGAACAUUCAAAUAACAGGCAUUGAUGACGCCGUGCUUGGUACAUCAAAAGGCUAUGUGAAAAUCAAAGUCGAAUCAGUUCAUGAUAGCGAGUUCGAAUUGGACGUAAAUGCUAUGAUUAUGCGCUCGAUUUUAUCCACAAGAAAGUAUAACGCAAAACUCGCCAAUUUGAAACAUUUAGCUGGUCUUACUCUCGCCGAUCCUGACUUCAUGAAUCCAUCAAACAUUGAUUUAUUGUUCGGUGUGGACAUAUAUGGAUUAAUUAUCAAGAAUGGGCUACGAAAAGGCAAACCGUACGAACCAAUAGCUCAAAACUCGUCUCUUGGUUGGCUCGUUUUCGGUGCAAUUUCACCCGACAAAAACGUCAGUGUUCGCGUAAAUGCAAUCUCCAUAUCCGAACAAUUGCAACGGUUUUGGGAUAGCGACACAAUUCCUGCGAAACCAAUUUUAUCAGAAGAACACCAGCAAUGCGUCGAUCAUUUCAAUAAGCACUUCAAACGCUUUGAAAGCGGAAAAAUGAUGGUGUCUUUGCCAUUUAAUUUUGAUCCAAAGGACAAAAAUUUGUUGGGAAAUUCGCGCUACAAAGCAACGCAACGAUUAUAUCAAAUGGAGAAAAAAUUUAAGCGACAACCAGAAUUUUAUCGCCGUUACAGAGAGGACAUGCAAGGCUACAUUGACGUAGGUCAUAUGUCACUCUGUGACGAAUCAAAUGAUGGGUAUUUUUUGCCACAUCAUGCCGUCACGCGCGAAAGCAGCACAACAACUAAACAGCGAACAGUGUUUGACGGUUCCGCUACUUCUUCCAACGGAUUUUCAUUAAACGAUCGACUACUAAAUGGACCAACAAUCCAGCCAGAUUUAUUCGAUAUUUUCAUCCGCUGGCGCAUACAUAAAAUAGCAAUUGUGAGUGACAUAGAAAAGAUGUAUCGCCAAAUUCUAGUAGCCCCCGAAGACCGAAAAUACCAAAAAAUCCUUUGGCGAUUUUCGGAAACUGAUCCAAUUGAAACAUAUUAUUUGAAUACCAUUGUUUUCGGACUAAAACCGUCACCCUUUUUAGCAAUCAGUUGCACAUUUGCUCUCGCCGAUGCUGAGAAAGAAAACUUCCCAAAUGCUUCAGAGAAAAUAAAAACUGAUUUGUACGUUGACGAUUGUAUUUCGGGUAGCGAAUCCAAAGUAUUAGCCAGGCGAUUGGUAAACGAGCUGUAUAAUCUAGGACGAUCAGGCAAAUUACCAUUUCGCAAAUGGGCUUCAAAUGAUGACUCUGUUUUGCAAGAUUUUCCGCAAGAACACAAAGCAAAUGCGUCGUCAUUUCAAUUAAACAAGCAUGAAGCUAUAAAAACGCUUGGAAUAAAUUGGCUGCCGCAACAAGAUUUAUUGCAAUUUUCGCUCGAUCUUUCAACUUUUUUCAAAGGUGAAAAUAUCACAAAACGCAAACUACUUUCGGAUGCAUCUAAAUUAUUUGAUCCAUGUGGACUUCUUGCGCCAAUCAUUCUGAAACCAAAAAUACUAAUGCAAAAAGUAUGGCACUCAGGGAUUGAUUGGGAUAAUCGCGUUGAUGCGCAAAUUCAAACUGAAUGGAACAAUUACAAAGCUGAAUUGCCACUAAUCGAAACCAUGAAAUUGGAACGAUGGUUUCACACAUCCGCAGAUUCAAUUAAAUCAUUACACGGAUUUUGCGAUAGCUCUGAACCAGCAUACGGUGCAGCAAUUUACAUCGUUCAAACAUCAAAUAGCAUAACAACUUCGAAUUUAAUAUGCUCCAAAACGCGUGUAGCGCCACUUGAGCCAAUGCAUAUUCAUCGUUUGGAAUUAUGUAGCGCUGUACUACUAGCUACACUGAUGAACAAGGUUGCUACAAACUUAAGUAUUCCACGGAAAAGCGUUUUUCUUUGGACUGAUUCCGCAGUUACUUGGACUUGGUUACAAGCUCACCCAUCCAAUUGGAAAUCGUACGUCGCUCAUCGAGUUCAUGAAAUACAAAAACUAUUUCCAGCAGAACACUGGCGUCAUGUGCGAACGCACGAAAAUCCCGCUGAUAUCGCUUCCAGAGGAGCAUUUGCAAGUCAACUCAUCAACAACUCUUUGUGGUUUCAUGGACCAUCAUGGCUCGUGUUGGACAAAAACCAAUGGCCAAAAAUACAAUUACCACUCCCGUCAGGAAUAAACUUAGAAACUCGCUCGAAAAUUCAUGUGACUGUAACAAAAACCGCACCGAUUGAAAUGAGCCUUUUAUUGCGCUUUUCUAAGCUAACAAGUCUAUUGCAUGUCACCGCCCGUUUGCUUCGCGUUACUCAACUUUAUCGAAAGAAAAAGCAAGGUUACAGAAAGGAAAUUGAUAAUACGCCGUCUGAAUAUGUAACUUUCGCUGAAUUCCAGCAAGCAAAAAUGGCUUGGGUAAAAUAUAUUCAAUCUUUACAUUUUGCUAAAGAGAUUGCCGAUCUACAAUCAAACAAAUUCGUCAAUGAAAAGAGCGCCUUGAAAUCGCUAAAUCCACAGUUGUCUAAAGACGGAAUUUCAGUGGUUGAUGGCCGGCUUCGAUAUGCAAAUCUGUCUGAACGACAACGCUAUCCAAUGAUUCUUCCGCCGAAAAGUCAUUUCACUAAUUUAGUGAUCGAUGCAGCCCACACAUCUACACUUCACGGAACUAUUCAUCUCACAUUAGCUCGCACUCGACAAGAAUUUUGGAUAUUGAACGCUCGCAAUAAUGUAAAAUCGUUCAUUCAUAAAUGCAUGACUUGCUUUCGACAGAAUCCUACUCCAUUGAAUCAACUAAUGGCUCCUUUACCAACCAUCAAAACCACUCCCGCACGAGCAUUCAUUCAUUGUGGAUUAGAUUUCGCCGGACCAAUCGAAAUCAAAAGUGGUGAGCUUCGCAAUUCACCAUCAAUCAAAACCUACAUCUGCGUAUUUGUUUGUAUGGCUUCGAAAGCCUGUCAUUUAGAAUUGGUUGGCGAUUUGAGCACUCAACGAUUUAUAUUAGCACUCCGACGGCUUGUUGGUCGACGAGGCAUUUGCAAACAUAUUUAUUGCGACCACGGUACGAAUUUUGAAGGUGCGAAUAAUGAGCUGCCUCGACUUUUGCUUCAGAGCGCGUCUUCAGUAUCAACGGAAAUCAAACAAGCUUUCGUUCCGGAUGGAAUCGAAUUUCAUUUUAAUCCACCACGAGCACCGAAUUGGGGCGGUCAAUGGGAGUCGUACGUAAAGCUAACGAAGCAUCAUUUACGCCGUAUGACGACAUCACGGAAGCUAACGUUCGAAGAAAUGUACACGCUAUUGGUACAAAUCGAAGCCUGUGUUAAUUCACGACCACUAUGUAGCAUCACUAGUGAUCCAAACGAUCUCAACCCACUAACUCCGUCUCAUCUAUUGAUUGGUGAACCACUCAAUGCAAUUCCCGAGCCAAGCCUUUUGUCGCUGAAGGAUCAAACUUUAGAUCGCUUCCAGCUGAUCCAGAAAAACGUACAGCUGUUCUGGAAACGGUUUUCCACUGAAUAUCUUCACACCCUACAUCCACGGUCAAAGUGGACACAGCGGAAAGAAGAAUUACAAGGGAACGAUUUAGUGGUAAUCGUUGAAGAAAACAUGCCGCCAACAAAAUGGUGGAUGGCCCGA